AUGAGUGAAGAAAUUGAGCGGGAUGAGAAGGUGUUCAUGUUGGGCGAAGAAGUAGGACAAUAUGACGGAGCUUACAAGGUUAGCAAGGAUAUGUUACGUCGAUUUGGUGAAGAUCGGAUUAUUGAUACUCCUAUUACUGAGGCUGGAUUUGCGGGAAUCGCCGUAGGUGCAGCAAUGGCAGGACUGAAGCCAAUCUGUGAAUUCAUGACUUUUAACUUUUCUAUGCAAGCAAUCGAUCAUGUAAUUAAUUCCGCCGCGAAGACAUUCUAUAUGUCAGCUGGGAAGGUUAACGUUCCAAUCGUAUUUCGUGGCCCUAAUGGAGCAGCAGCCGGGGUUGCAGCACAGCAUUCACAAUGCUUUGCUGCAUGGUAUGGACACGUCCCAGGCCUCAAGGUACUGUCCCCAUACUCCUCUGAAGACGCAAAGGGCUUACUAAAAUCUGCAAUAAGAGAUCCCAACCCCGUCGUAGUACUAGAAAAUGAAAUUCUUUAUGGUUCAUCAUUUGAAAUGACCGAAGAAGCAAUGUCUACUGACUUUCUUGUUCCGAUUGGCAAAGCGAAAAUUGAGCGACAAGGAAAUGAUGUCACUCUUGUUGCUCACUCUAGAAUGGUCCAAAUCUGUCUGGAAGCUGCUCAAGAACUGGAAUCAAAAUUUAACGUCAGCGCUGAAGUAAUUAACUUACGUUCAAUAAGACCCCUUGAUAUUGAUACAAUAGCGUCAUCGGUAAUGAAGACUAAUCACUUAAUACCAGUUGAAUCUGGCUGGCCGAUGUUCGGCGUCGGAUCUGAAAUUGCAGCUCAAGUAAUGGAAAGUCAAGCAUUUAACUUUCUUGACUCACCGAUUCUUCGCGUAACUGGAGCAGACGUCCCAAUGCCUUAUGCUAAAACUUUAGAGCUACAUGCUACACCUCAAUCUAAUAACAUUAUAAAUGCGGUUAAAAAAUCACUCAAUAUCCGCUAAGCCUUUAGUGUUAUGUGGUAAUGAUAACAAUUCAAUAAGUUUAAUUGCUUAAAUAGUAAAUUUUAGACUAUAUAAUAAUAACUAAACGGUCUGACUUGAAACGCCAACAUUGUACACCUGAUUUUAUACUCCUUAAUGCAAGUAUUUUAACAAUCGAUUAUAAUUUUAAUGUAUAACAUUGAACAGCUAUAACCGUAGAUAAUUCAUAUCUAUUUCAAAUUUAAUGCGCGAGCGAUUGAACUAGCUAUUACGUAAGUGGAUGAAUAAGUUGACACUGCUAAAGCCUACAGGUAUUAGUAAAAUGAAAAAUAACAUCAAACUAUUCCUUAACAAAAAUGAAUUUAAACGACUUCG